AUGAGCUGGCUGCUCAUUGGAGUUGGAGAAUCAGUGCGUCGACAUCGGGAGACGGGAGGAGACUCGGCAGCCGGAGGAUUGCGAGAGGGGGGCGAGCAGGAUCGAGCACGAGCAGUGAGGUUGAGGGGUGUUGACGUCGCCGUGCUCGGGGCUCGGGCAGUGGAGCUGUGGAGGAGGCGUCGGAACUCGGAGGUCGAAAUCGGACGUUCCCUCUGCCGGCGCUGCCUUCUCGCGAUUUCGUCAGUCAGUGCGGCGCAUAGGUUUAGCUCGCAGCAGCCUCGCACCUCGCAGACGAAGACGACUCACGAGACGACGGUGGCGGUGCUGGGCUAG